UGGACACACCCACAGACUCUCUAAACACACUUCAGACCAGAUGACACUCAAGCUUCAAGCAGAUGAAAAAACACAAUGCAGGCAUUAUUUGUGUUAAUCCUCAUCUGUCAUGUCACAUAUGCAGUGAAACAUUCCCUGAAAUAUUUUCUUACUGCAACUUCAGGCGUCCCAGACUUCCCUGAGUUUGUGGGUGCAGCGAUGGUGGAUGAGGUUCAGGUGGGCUACUGUGACAGCAGCAUCAAGUCUGCAGAACCCAAACAAAACUGGAUGAAAACAUUAAUACAUGAUGAUCCUCAGCAUCUAGAGUGGUAUACGCAGAAGUGUUUAGGUAACCAGCAGGUGUUCAGAACCAACAUUGACCACCUGAAUAAACGCUUAAACCAGACUGGAGGUGCUCAUAUUUUACAGCGGAUGAAUGGUUGUGAAUGGGAUGAUGAGACUGGUGAGAUUACUGGUUUUAAUCAGUAUGGUUAUGAUGGAGAAGACUUCAUAGUACUGGACCUAAAGACACUGACAUGGACAGCGCCUAAACCUCAAGCCGUUGUCACCAAACGAAGAUGGGAUACAGAGAAGGCUAGAUUAGAAUACAAUAAAAACUAUUACAUCUAUAAAUGCCCUGAGUGGCUGAAAAAGUACGUGGCCUAUGGGAAGAAGUUUCUGCAGAGAACAGAGUUUCCUUCAGUGUCUCUCCUCCAGACGUCUCCAUCCUCUCCAGUCACCUGCCAUGCUACAGGUUUCUACCCUCACAGAGCUGUGAUGUUCUGGAGAAGAGAUGGAGAGGAGGUACAUGAGAACGUGGAGCAUGGAGAGAUCCUUCCCAAUGAUGAUGGAACCUUCCAGAUGAGUGUGAACAUGGACUUGUCAUCGGUCAAAUCUGAAAACUGGGGGAGGUACGACUGUGUGUUUCAGCUCUCUGGAGUCCAGGACACCUAUGUUAUCAAACUCAACAAAGCAGUGAUCAGGACUAACAGAGUGCCUCCUUCAGAGUUUCAUCCUGGUUAUGCUGUUGGAUUGGUUGUCGGGCUGCUUCUCGUUGUCUGCAUCGUUGGAACCUUGAUCUGGAAGAGAAACAAUGGAUUCCACCUUGUUCAGUAAGGGGAACAGUCAAUCCUGGAGGAGGAAUGGGAGAGAAACUCCACAUUCUCUGGAAUAAAUUCAUUAAAAAGUUUUCCAUCUCCUACUUUUAUUUCUUCAUCUUUUUCUCUUCUACAUCUUUUUGUCCUCAUCUGGUUUGUCUUUUUCUUCAUUUUCUUUCUCUUCAUCCUCCUCAGCUUCUUUUUCACUUUAUUCUUCUUGUUCGUCUUCAUUUUCUGCUUCAUCAUAGUAGUAGUACUUUUCCUUUCUCUCUUUCAUAUUCCUCUUCUCCUCCCUCUUUGUCUUCCCACCCUAGCCCUACUUAAAAUUCUGAAACUAUUCUAAAUAUUUAUCAUUUGUUGUAUUGUAUUUAUAUCCAGACAAAUUAUAUCUCUGUAGUUAUCAUGAUCCCCUGCCCUACUUUUAGAUUAAGACAGAUAAGGUUAAAAACUUAUUUAAAAUGGCCCAUUUUUAGGACAGUUUAACCAAGCAAUGUGUCAUUAAACAUGAUUUGGCCAAUGUGAUUAAUGACUGUAAAUUCACCAUGUUCAGACAUUUAACCUGUGAUUGUGACUAAAUACAUCUGCAUUUUACACACUUUCUUGUUUGUGAUUUACUUUGUCGUUUGUCUUUUUCAACGCUAAACCAG